AUGGUUUCUGAUGAUGCGGAAAAAAUCACCAAUAAGCCACAUGGUCCUCGCACGCUCGAAACAACACCUGCACAGCAAAAAGAGAAGACCAAACAGAGAGCACUGGGUUCUGGAAAAUCAUUUACGAGGAACUCCUCGAGCCGCCGUGCAUUUAAUGCUCUGGAUAAAUGGCGCAUUUUUAUUAGCUCUGCUUCUGACGAGGGCAUCACUUCGUCUUCCGUACUUAGAUUGGAUCCGUCACUUGUAGGUAGUAAGAUAUCAAGUGACGCGUUGUGUGAGGAGUCAUCAGUUUGCGAAGGAGCGGGCUACGACGAGGCCUUUGGUUUUGGUGAUGAGUCAGAAGACUUCUCACCUUCGUCAGAGAGAGAGACGUUGGCCCAAUCUCCCUAUGGUGAUGAGAGUUAUACUGAGGGGGGUGAGGAGGCGGAACAUGGAGGAGAGGAUGAAGUAGAAGAGGGAAGAAAGGAAAGUGGAAGUGACGGGGACGACGUUAAUGUUGACGGGGAUGAUGUUGAUGUUGACAGGGAUGAUGGUGACGGUGAUGAGGAAUCUAGUGAAGGGUCCUCAGAGGGUCCCGGGGAUAACCGUCCUUUCAUUCUUCCUGAGGACUGGGCCGUCAACAAGUUUUUACCUAUGAUGAGUAAUAAGGUUUUUAGGGAGUUGUGUGCCUAUUACCAGAUUCCAGACCAUAUCUCGAUUCGUCUCCCUAGAGAGAACGAGAGAUGUUGA